CACCGACAUCCACCCUUGAACAGCAGCAGCGCGCAGCAGUACACAAACAACAAUUCUUCAUCAUCACCUGCAAUUAAAACAUGACUGCUUCUAAAGUUCUCGAAGGAAAGGUCGCGCUCGUGACUGGCGCGUCUUCUGGUAUGGGCCGUGCUACGACGGCCCUGCUUGCCAGCCAUGGCGCCAACAUUGUCUGCUGUGAUCUCAACCCGAAGCCGAACCCGAAGGGAUUCGAGAAGGACCUGCACCUGACCACCGUCGAGGUUGUCGAGCAGCUCGGACAGAAGGCAAUCUUCUGCCAGGUCGAUAUCUCGAACCUGAAGCAGGUCGAGGAGGCCUUCACGAAGGCGGUUGAGACUUUUGGCCGACUCGACAUCAACGUCAACUGCGCCGGCUUCUGGGCGCCGUUUGGUCCCUUUGGCGAGGAGACUGACGAGCUCUGGCAGAAGAUGGUCGCUAUCAACACUCUUGGUACUUCCAAGUGUAUGCGUUUGGCCGUCAAGCAGUUCAUGAAGCAGGAGGUUGACGAGGCCUUGGGCUCGCGCGGCCGCAUCGUGAAUGUUUCGUCGUGUGCCGGGCAUUUCUCGUUCCCGGGCGAGGUCGCGUACUCAGCCACCAAGGCAGCGGUCAACCAUAUGACUCGCGCGGCUGCUACCGAUCACGCAAAGGACUACAUCAACAUAAACGUGGUUGCGCCGGGAGUGGUUCACACCGGAAUGGCCCGUGGAAAUAUCGAGGACAAGGACAUCUCUGCUCUGAUGAAGAAGAGCACGCCGUGGCCAAGACUGGGAACGACGCAGGACAUUGCUGAGUCAAUUGUGUUUCUCUGUCUGCCCGGCUCGCAGUGGAUCACCGGCCAGCUUCUGGCUGUUGACGGAGGUAUGACCUUGGGCGUCCCGUACCCCACUUAGUUAGUAGGUGGUAGUAGAGUUUUUUCAAUAUAAUCUUACUUGUAUCUAUGAAUGAAUUGAGUUUCACGCUGAACUAUUGAAUGCUGAUGCAGAUGAUGCUUAGAAGUGGUGGACAGAAAAAAUCUCAGGUUGGGUCCAUUCCACGUUGGGAACAGUGAGUCAAAUGACUAGAAGCAGCUGAUUGCAGGCAGAAUGUUCUCUGAUAGCCAGGGAAGUCGGGUC